CACACCCCAUCGCGUCUCACGCCACCCCCGCCCCCGGCGAUCGCUCUCGCCGCGCUCGUCGCAAAGCUUCGUUGGCCUCCCCCGGCCCGCGCCGAGCCACACGCCACCGCGCCACUUGCUGGCGGGCGCACCGAAGCUUCGUCGUCAUCGCUGGCCCGGUCUCCCGUAGUCCCUCCGCCACAUAUAGUGGUCGCCGCGUGUGUGAGGGAGCGAGCGAGCGUGCGUGCGUCCGGGUCGGCGCCGGCGAGGAGGGAGCAAUGGCAGCGCAGGAGGGGGCCGCGGGCGGGAGCCAGCAGGUGGUGAUGCGGUGGCGGUACGGGGACGUGGGCGACAGCAACUUCGCGGUGCACGGCCGCGCCGUGCCGCUGCUCGUGGGGCUGCUCUGCGCCGUCGUCUUCUUCGUCGCGCUCUGCCUCUACAUCCGCUGGCGGUGCCACCGGUACACGCCCGACCCGGAGGCGGACGCGUCCUCCUCGUCCGCGGGGGCGGCGGCCACGGCGUCGCUGCCCGGCCUCGACGCCGACGCCAUCCGCCGGCUUCCCGUCACGCUGUACCGCCCGCCCGCGUCGCCGCCUGCUCGCCUCCCGGGUAAGGGCGACAGCGGCGGGGACGGGGAGGCCGACGAACACGCGGCGGCUCUGUGCUCGAUCUGCAUCAGCGCGCUGGUGGCCGGCGAGAAGGUGAAGGUCCUCCCGCCCUGCGGCCACUGCUUCCACCCCGACUGCGUCGACGCCUGGCUCCGGUCCCAGGCGAGCUGCCCGCUCUGCCGGUGCCUCCUCGCCGCCGCCGCCAAGCCCGCCGCCGUCAACGGAAGCGACGACGCCGUGUGACUCGACACCUGACAAAACGAAGCAUCCCCCCAUGACAAGCGGGCCCCAGCUGUCAGCGCCCCCCCCCCCCCCCGACCCUACCUUUGAAUCAGCGCGCCAUUUAAUGAUGGCCGCCAUGACCGCGUCAGAUCUACUCGUCGUGAGUGCGCUUGUAAAGAAGCCUGGUUUAUUAGGGCCUGGUCGCCAAUGGCGCCGGAAGAUGCAGUGCGUGUGGCCUGCCCGGCUGCCCUCCAGUCAGUCCCCGGAGCUCUUUGGAGGCCGGCGUGGGGUCGCCCCUGACCUCGCCGGCCGCUUUCCUACCGCUAGUAGCUUUCUCUGAUCAAGGCUCUCCAAUGCAAGGGAAAAGUGGUGUAGGCUGUACAUAGCUUUUGAGUAUUUAUAAGCAGGGAGAAUUUUAACGCAUGCGGUGGUGGUUCAGGUGGAAUCUGUGUUAGCGUAACAGCUGCACUGGCACGGGCAAAGCGCCCUUUAAUUAUAGUUCGCAAACUCUCCGGUAUAUAUACUAUGUUGCGCCUCCUUUUUGUUUUGAUUCCACGGAGCACGGUCCAUACACGCACACUUUUGUAAAAGUGGUUUUUUGCAAAUAUCUGGAAUGUAUAUGCGCUAAAUA